UGAGCACACGUGGGUCAAGAAGUUUACCUCUGUGAUGUGUCGGAGUUGGUUUUCUUAACAACAUGUCUAAAAGAACCAGAGCCGAGACACAGGAGCUCGUGGCUCCCGCUGCGGUACCGGAGGACGAGCUGGACCCUCCAGCGGAGACCAGGCGGACCCGCAGCGGCCGCAGGAUCCGGACUCCUGCCGCACUGCUCGGUUCUGAGAUCUCCGUGAGGACCCCCAGCAGGAGGACCAGGCGGUCCGUGGUGCAGGAGCAGCCUGAGCCAGAGGAGAAGGAGACCGGGGAGCAGGAGCCCGAGAAGCUGCCCGAAGAGACCCCCGAAGAGACCCCCGAAGAGACCCCCGCAGAGACCCCCGCAGAUCCGGAGCCGAGCGCCGACCCAGAGCUCGCAGCGCAGCCGCAGAUCGACGCUGCCCCGGCAGACACGGACGAGACUCCCGUCAGCGGCGGUGGAGACGGUGCUCAGCCCAGACCCGAUCCCGAACCCGUAGAAACAGCACCCGCGAGUUCAGAGAGCGUCCCAAUGAAGAAGCCCUGCCCGGCUCCGACUGUCAAACAGACCCCGGCCGUUCCCCUGGGAAAGCCCAAGUCCGGGCGCGUGUGGAAGGACCGCAGCAAGCAGAGGUUCUCUGCCCUGGUGAGAGACAAACCACUGUGCACCUCUUGGGAGAAAAAGAUGCAGGCCAAGCGGGAGAAGGACCUGGUGAAACAGUACGCGCUGCAGCUUAAAGAGGAGAAAGCCAAACAGAAAGAGGACAAGAGGAAAAGAAGAGAAGACAACUUGAAACGUCGUGAAGAAAAUGAACGCAAGUCAGAGAUUGUGCAAGUGAUUCGCAACACAGCGAAGAUCAAGAGGAUGAAGAAGAAACAGCUGAGGAAAAUCGAGAAGAGAGACACGCUGGCUCUGCUGCAGAAGUCACAGAACCAGAACGUCAAAACCAAAGCACGAACAAAUAACAAGCGAGAUUCAACAUGAAGACAACCACACACACAUUCACGCCACACCUGUGCCUGUUUCUUGGACUGUGGUAGUUAAACAGAGGGACUACCAAAACCCUGCACACGCACACAGAAAAACACGCAAACUCCACAGAGAUUCCCAGACUGGAUUUUCUCCUUUUGAGACAAGUGAACUAACCGCGCCCCCAUGUGUCCCCACUGACACAAUCAAUAAAAACAACAAUUUGAGGGUC